AUUUUAUGUUAAUGUGUCUCAGCCAAUCUUCAAUCCUGACCGUCCAAUAUCACUAGUAAUUAGGGUUUCCGGCCCCAUUGCGGAAAUCUCUUUGGUAUUAGGUUUUCCGGCCAAUAUGAACUCCUAAAAGUAGGCGUAAAUGUCCUAAAGUAGCAGGAAUCUUGCUGGUGUUAAGGUUUCCGGCUACUACAAACGCCUAAAAGUAGCCGGAAAUGGCGAAGAAAAAGAUGGAGCUUACUCUCCUUUCUGGCAAAGGCCUGAAAGCCUUCAAUUUCUUCCGAAAACUCUCUGUUUUUGCAGAGGUUUCAGUCGGCGAUCAAAAGACGAAGCAGAAAAUCCCAGCUGACAAAAUCGGGGAUGGGAACCCGGAGUGGAAGCACGCCAUGACCAUCGAUCUCGACGAUCCGGGCCUUGAUCAGAUGAUCCUGACCGUCAAACUCAAGAGCGAGGGUUUAUUCGAGCGAUUAAUCGGCGAGGUUCACAUCCCUGUGCAGAGCCUCCUAGAAGAAGGAUUUGGAGUUUUAAGGUACGUCAGUUAUCAGGUUAGCGAUCCUAAUGGAAAACCUAAUGGAGUUUUGAGUCUCUCUUACAAAAUUACCGGAAACUUUCUGGAAAAUGAAACUUUUCCCGGAAAAUCAGAGAUUCUGGCGACUGAAUAUGCUGCUGUGGUCCAAGAAAACGGGACUUUUCAACCGGAAACUGAUUUUCCUUCCAAAUUUCCCGGUGAAGAGGAUUUCAAAGCACAGGGAAAUGGGGUUUUUGCCCCUUAUCCGACAGUGGAGCAUGACCCAUGCGAUAUUUCAUUCUCUUCGGAGGCGCAAUUUUCCCAGGAAAAUUGUACUCGGCCGCAGCCCGAAAUCUCGUAUUUUCCCCAUGGAGUUCAAAUUUCGGCUCAAAACAUCGGCCAGCCGCCUCCACCUUUCCACUCGCCGCCUCCUCCUCCUCCUCCUCCCCCAGGAUAUUUCGCUUUUCGGCCUCCCCUGCCACCGUUUGAUCCGUACAGUUCCUGGCGCCUGGAAUGUUGUCAAUAUAAUUUCCCGGCAACACAAGGCCCAGGGUUUUGGGGGAUUAAUGAUUCUGAGAGGGGAUUAGGAACUCAUUAUUAUUAGGUAACUAAUAUUUGGAGCCUAUUUUUUAUUUUCCCUAAAUCAAUGAAAAUUGUAGGAGUUUUUUUUUUUUUUUGUAAUGUUUCGAACGUAUCAUUUACCUUUGUACAGUAGUACAGUCUGCAAUUUGGCACGAGUCGUGGAAAAGUUUACAAUUUAAAUAGUAUCUAAGAGGGAUCAGGUAAUGUAAUUUGUGAUUCUUUAA